AUGGAGAAAGACCCAGAGGAGCAGAGAGACUCGGACGGGCAGACUGUCUCAGAGGAAGAGUGUCAAACCGUCCCUGAAGCUCCGAAAUUCUCGCCCGCCCCGGAUGGAGGCGCGACGGCGUGGCUCGUCGUGCUGGGAGCCUGGUGCACCUCCUUCUGCAGUUUCGGAUGGAUCAACAGCAUCGGCGUCUUCCAGAGUUACUAUGAGACGAACCUGCUCAGCACCUUCUCAGCCAGUACGAUCUCAUGGAUCCCCUCGCUGCAGGUCUUCUUCAUGUUUGCAAUGGGCCCCAUCAUCGGAAAGCUGUACGACAACUAUGGUCCGCACUGGCUGCUGGGCGUCGGCACCUUGAUGCACGUCUUUGGUCUGAUGAUGGCCUCCAUCUCCACGAAAUACUACCAGCUGCUGCUGGCCCAGGGGGUGUGUAGUGCCAUCGGUGUUGCCGCGAUCUUUCAGCCAGCAAUCAACUCCGUCGGGACGUGGUUCGACAAGAAACGCGGUGCGGCGUACGGCAUCCUGUCGACAGGCUCGAGUAUCGGCGGCGUCCUCUUCCCCAUCAUGAUCAGCCGGCUGAUCGACGAGCUGGGGUUUGGCUGGGCGAUGCGGAUUGCCGCCUUCAUGAUCCUCGCCCUAUUGAUUGUCGCCAACGUCACGGUGCGGGCGCGUCUGCCCCCAGCCCCGAAGAAACUCUCCCGACAGGACCUGAUCGAACCCUUCAAGGAGGCCGAGAUGCUGCUCACCCUGUUGGGCUUCCUGCUCCUCACCUUCGGCAUCUUCGUCCCUGUCAACUACCUCUCCAUCUCCGCCCUGCAGGCCGGGAUGAGCGAGAAUCUAGCCCAGUACCUGCUCUCCCUGCUCAACGCUGCCAGCCUCUUUGGCCGCCUGUUCUCGGGCUUCGCCUCUGACCGUAUCGGCCGCUUCAACAUCCUCGUCGCCGUCUGCUACCUGGCGGGUAUCGUCGUGCUUGCCGUCUGGAUCCCGGCCACCUCCAAUGCCGCCACCAUCGUCUUCUCCCUGCUCUUCGGCUUCGCCUCGGGCGCCUAUGUCUCCCUCGGCCCAGCGCUUAUGCUCCAGCUCGGCCCCAUCAGGGAGAUCGGCUAUCGUACUGGCCUCCUCUUCCUCGUCAGCUCGUUCGGCGGCCUCACCACCAGCCCCAUCGCAGGCGCCAUCCUCCAGGCCCAGAACGGCUCCUACACCGGCAUGAAGAUCUUCUCGGGUGUCUUGUUCCUCGCCGGGGCCACGGGCGUCUUGGCUGCUCGUGUCCACCACACGGGCUUUACCUUGCUGAAGCGGUUUUAG